AUGCUGUGGGAGCAGACUCGAUGCUUCGGUCAACUGGCGAAGCGCUUGCAGGUGGAGACAGAAACUCAAGUGGCUGAGGCGCAGGGCACAAAGAAGCGCUGUGUUGCAGCUGGCUUGGCGCUGGCCGCUGAGUUAGAUUUUCUGCUGAAGCUGAUCAAUGGGUCGCGAGAAUCCAAGGUCCAAAGCGCUGAGGUCCUGGUCCAGGUAGCUUUGCAUGCCUCUUCUAUGAAAGAGGUGCUGUCCCAGUUGUUGAUGCUGCUGCAGGCUGCUCCUUUGAGCACUUUGCUUUACAACGGAAUUGUUGAGAUUGUGGAGAAGAUCUUGGUUCGUAAUGAUGUGAACCAAUGCUGGAGCUUAGAAACACAGCAGGAGGCGUUGGCAGCCAUUUUGCAAAUCUUGCAGGUCAAGACCAACAAGGCUUUGACCUGCUCAAGUGAGGCCAAAGAAAGUCUUCGCAAGAUGCUGUGUGUACUGCUGGCGCUGCCACAUAGUAUGACGAUGGCGUGGAGGAUACGCCUCUUGAUUGGUGCAACAUUGUCUGUACAGCACUCGGUGGAUGAGGCCUUGCACAGGCUUUUGGCCGAGCUGCCUUCUCCCAUGGUAGCGGUGAGCUCCCCAAAGGAGGAAGAAGGCUGCCUGAAACAGUGCAAGCAUGCUGAGGAGAUUCGAUAUGUUGCGAAGUCAAACUACAUGCUGUUUGGACAAGACAAUCAAACCAAUGAAGCCCAUGAAAUUUGCCGGGAAAUUGGUACAGCGCUACUCUACCACAAACUGAAACUGGCCGUGCCAGUUGCAAAAGAGGAGGAGCUGCGGGAAGAGGAAAAGGGAGAAGAGGGAGGGGAAAGGAUCGGCAAGAGCGAGAGGGGCUGGCAAAGAUGUCUUCUGUGCCGCUGCACAUCCGCUGCUGCUGUGCAACUUGAUGCGUUGACUUCGGGCGGCAUCUUCUACAAGACUUGGUUUCCAGAGGACGCCAAAGACGGACUGGUCGUUCCUGGCUUUUGGUUUGGCGCGAGGAAGGCCAGCUACAGAAGCUUCUUCGAAACACUGGCAGCAGAUUGUGUCCAGCCGGCCCGAACCUUGGCAGGAGUUGCUGGAACGCGCUGUGCUCUCCCUCAGUCCCACCCGGAUCUUGCCGCCACCGCCCGCUUGCGCAUGAAGAUGGCCAUUUUCUUGGAUCAGACUUCAAGGAACUACCUGUCCAUGCAGAGGGGCAACGCAAUAGUGGAGGCAACUAAUUUCAAAGUCGCUUGUGAUUCGGUUGCGCUACCUCUAGCUCUGUCAGUGCUAUUGGAUGUGGGCUUUACUGCUCGAAGCUUGUUGCAACUGGGUUCAGUGCCAGAGCUUUGCUUCCUAAGCCUGGUCUUGCGACACGCCCGUGAAGCCUUUUCUCUGAAGCUCUCCGAACAUAUGUUGCUAUCCCUGUUGAAAGCAUUCGCAGAAGCAGGAGGGUUAUUGGGUAAACCACAAAGAGGAGACCAAACGGCUGAAACAGAAGCGGCAAAAGCGGCGAAAGGUCACAAGAGUCACCAGGAACUUUGCUUGCGCUUUCUUGAAGAGACACGCGACGCGAUGGAGGCCAUUGGAGUGGAGAAGUAUUUGAAAGCAGCUCUUUCCAGUGACAAACCAAUACAUUUGCGUGGCAAGCCAGUGCAUCCUCCAAGGCUAUCGGUAUUAGAUAGCAGAUGUCACGAAUAUGCAGGAAAUGACAAUGGCGCAAGCUUGCCCUUUUUGAGUCCGUUGAAAGGCACUGACUUGUCCAUGUUUGAAGGUCACUGCUUGGUCAAGGAGCUCCGGAAGCAACUAGAGGAUUUGGGAUAUUUGCGCGCAGACCUGGGCAUUGUUCUAAGUCUAUCAGGCGGUGUGGACAGCAUGGUAACUUGUUGCCUUCUUUGGCUGCUGCAACGGACACUUCCUCCUGAGCAACGCUUUCGCUGGUGUGCCCUUCACUUGUGCCACCCUAAUCGUGAUGAUGCACGGGAUGAAGAAGGCUGGGUGCAGUGGUCCUGCUCUGAAUUGGGAGUUGAUUUACAGAGCUACAGGCCGCAGAUUCGUAGGCCUCACGGGAAUGUGCGCACUGGCAUCUCCCGAGAACACUAUGAGGAGAAGUCAAAACAAAUCCGUUUCAGGAUGUACAAUCUUUGCUUAGAACACCUUGGAGUUCCAGGAGCAGCGCUUGUCGCACACCACGAAGAUGAUGCUGACGAAAACAGGCUGGCAGAGCUGGGGAAAGGCAACAUCGUUCAUAUUGAUGGUAUGUCCGCCAGCGGAACAACGUUGGGUGUCACGGUGUUACGACCGCUCUUGAAGGUUCGGAAGAAUGAACUGAUUGAAUUUGCAAGACUGGCGCAGAUUUGCUACAUGCAGGACUCAACCCCAAAAUGGAGCAGGAGAGGAUGGAUUCGGCAUGUGCUGGACGAAAUGAAACUUGAAAAUCCGACUUGCUUUUCUCAGUUGCAGACACUUCUGUCUCAAGCUGGUGCUGCUUCUGAAGCACUGGGCGAAACAAUUGACUUGUCUCUCAAUGCCUGGAAGCAAGGUGACAUUUUCACCGGUUUUGUUGCCGUGCCACCUUUAGAUCUUUCGAAUGAUAAGCGCACAUCCGAGAAGAAUGAAGAUGCAAGCACGCGUGGGGUGAGCUACCCUGCUUGCAGUGUGAUGGUUGCUUUGUUGAGGAUGCCGGCUUUGUUCAAGCUCUCUGAGGAUUUUCAGGGAAAAGUGCAGAGUCUAAUGGAAGAUCUCCGCCACAUCGCCUUUGUCUGGAACCAAGCGAUCGCGCGACAGGCGGCUGACGACCAAGAGGUGACUGAAGAAGACACAGAGCAGCCUGGAAGCUGCCCUUUGCAAGUGAUCACUGUUUGUGAUGGGCGUUUCGAAAUGGGGCCUUUUGUCCUAGGCCGUGCCAUGUGCGUGGCUAUGAAUGCAGUGUCAGAGGCUCGAGAUGCCAACAGCCUUCUUCUGUGUGACGCGGAAGAGCUUGCCACAGAGUUCGCUGAUGUCCGGUGGCAACGGCUCUUUGUGAACGCCACGACCGAGUUUCUCCAGCAGCAUGGCUUGCUGGAUGAGAGCAACGGAGAGGUCACUAAAUCCAGUGGAAAGAAGCAGAAGAAAAGCAAGUCCAAAAGCCUAAAGGAGUAG